AUGUCCGAGGACACUCAUCUGAAACAUUGCGAGGAUAAUCCCCAGACGUCCACGGAGAGUGACCCACUGUCAUCGUUCUCAUGCACAUUGCUGGAAUUGGAUGAGAAUAAGGGGUUGACGCCACGCUUUCGUAAGCUCGGUGUUAAACUACCGAAACUUCGAAAGAAAGCAUCUGACUUUGUGUUUUUACGGAUUAUUGGCGAAGGAGCUUAUAGUACGGUAUACCUCGCUCGUGAGCUUCGUGGUGAUCAAACCCUAGCUAUUAAAGUGGUCCAAAAGGAUUUUGUUAUUCGGCAUCAGAAGUUAGACGCAACCGUUCGGGAGAAGCACGUGUUGGCGUCGCUCAGUUAUGAACGGGGUGGCCAUCCAUUUGUAACUCGGCUGUAUUGCACAUUUCACGAUCCGGAACGAUUAUGUAGGUUUUAUUCAAUCAUUAGUUAUUACUAG